UCAUUCGAACGUUUUUGCUAUAUUUUUAUCUAACUUGAACUAGGUCCCACGAACGGGGACGACCCGUAUUGGACAAGUCACUCCGUUGCGUCCCAUAACCCCACUCUAGUUGCACAAUGGAUUGGAGAUCACCUCCAGAGACCCGCGAUGGAUUCGAGGUGGCCAUUUUCUGUGCUUUGAGACGAGAGCUUGAUGCUGUUCGGCUUGUCUGCGAUCGGAUAUGGUCUGACGAUGGCAGAGAAUACGGGAAAGCCAGAGGGGACUGGAACGAAUACAUUACCGGUUUAAUUGGAAAUCAUAAUGUUGUCCUUGUUCAACUACCACAUAUAGGCAAAGAGGCUGCUGCCACGGCUGCAGCUUACGUCCAAACGAGUUUCCCGAGAAUUAGGCUUGCGCUAUUGGUUGGAAUAUGUGGUGGAACUCCAAGAAACAAUAAAUCAUCACAGGACAUCCUAUUUGGUGACGUAAUCAUAAGCCACAAGAUUAUGCAAUACGACUUUGCGCUCAGCUACUCCGACGGUCCUGAGAUAAUAGAUACAGGGGAACACAUGAAAUCAGGUCCUCACAUUACCUGUUUUGCGGAGACGCUUCAAGGUGGGGAACCACGUCAGCGGCUUGAAGACCAUUGGACCCAGCAUCUAGAGAAUGUACGACAAAGGGAUACCAAAGGUAUAUACUCAUAUCCUGGCAUUGACUCCGAUGUCCUCUUCUUACCAAAUUAUCGCCACAAACAUCGCGGGUUCCAACAGGGGGACCUAGAGUGUCCUAUGUGCGCUUCACAAGGGGACCAAACGUGCUCGGAAGCGCGCAACGCGUCAUGUACCGAACUGGGAUGUGAUGAGGCACUUCAAGUGCAUAGGGGAUUAUCAAAGAGGAGAUAACGGGUGAACCACACCAAUGGAAGUGAAGAGAGGGUCCCAGAGCUUCAUUUUGGCGUGAUGGCAUGUGGUGACAUGGUCAUUAAGUGCGCCAGUAACCGUGACCGAAUUUCCCAGCCCGUCGGUGCUAUCGCUUUUGAGAUGGAGUCGGCUGGCAUAUUCCAAAGCUUUGCUGGAAUUGUUAUUAAAGGUGUCUGUGGCUAUGCCGACUCACACAAGCACAAACAGUGGCAGGAUUACGCCGCUGGGACCGCUGCUGCUGCUACGAAGGCCGUGUUAGAACAAUUCACUCCACAAGACAGGCCACCAGCAGAACCUAUUGACUGUAAGUCGUCCUUUUUGAAAGAAUUAACCUAUUGCUUUUGUGAUCAAUCCCAUGGCCAUACGGGCGUUAAUUAUCAUCAGCCGCCAACCAGACUCUGCAAAAGCCUCUCUAUCUUGUCCGACAUAAAGCUUGGGUUAAUUUUGUUGGUAGGGACCAUUGCCUUAAUGCAAUCGAGCAUAGCCUAAUUAGAGAAAAAGGCGAUACAAUACAGAAAUGUUUCGUCGUGUAUGGUAUAGGUGGUGCUGGGAAGACUCAAGUGUGUCUCCGAUUUGCAGAGCUUCAUCGAGAUAAGUAUGGGAAACGGACCAUGUACAGGACACUGAUAUAGUUACUAACAA